AUGACUCCGCCACCAUCCUCACCCCCGGCUACUUGUAAACCAAAUCGCCUGCCAUUCGUCCCCCCGCCAUUUCGUGCUAAGGCAGAGCGCCAAAGCAGACGACGAGCUAUUGAGGAGCGUGCCAGAAAGGGUUUCGUCUUGACCGAGGAAGAGAGAGCGAUCUUAGCGGAAGGGGAAGAGAAGGACGAUUGUAUACUCAUGUAG